UACUGUGCUUUUAAAUGGGAGUGGACAGUUCACUGACAGCUGUCGGUAGGCAGCACACGGGCAGCUACUGGCGAUGCAUCCGCUAUCGGACAACACUCAUCUCGCCGAAUUUGAAAAUUAGCUGUACGCAACGUGUGUCGGAGUGGGAAGUCAACAUGACCUUCGCUUUAUUUACCGUUGGCGUUACUUUUGUGUAACGUUAGCUUACGUUACAGGGACUUCACUGAGUUCACCAUGAGGGCAGUAGUGCGUCGUGUGCCAAGCCACCGCUGUCUCUAACUUAACGUUGGUUUGUAAAAGGACUGGCAGUUAAAAGACAGUCUAACACUUUGAGGAAAUGCGUUGUUGCUAGCGUUGUUGUGGCCACAGGCCGGUGUCCGACAAUGGAUCUAUUGACAUGGUUAAUCACUAGGCGUGGAUUUGCCUCCUCGCCGGCUAAUUAAUGUAAAGUUAGUUGUGGUUUCGGUUGUCUCUGUUCCUACGCGUGUGUGUACGCAGCUUCACAAAUAAAGCGAACUAAAGCGCUAAGUCAACCCGUUCUCAGACAUGUAGUUUGCUUAGGCGGCUAGCUAGAUGGCUACCGAGCUUUGCUGCUGGCAAGUUGCUAGUUAACUCCAACCUACUUGAGCUAACGUAGCUAGAUGUGCCAUAUGGUCGAACCUGUAAGCAUUGAUUAGUGUGGUCUGUUCACAAUUGGAUUAACCAGCGUCUGUCGCCACAGCCAGCUGUCAAAACAUUGUAGUAGCGUUAGCUUAGUGUAGAUAAUUUUCCAACGUUUGUGUGUAACAUAGCUUCAACUAAAAGCUGUUAAGAGUGGAGCAGAGAAUUGACUUUUCCGAUUUAAGAAGUUAACUUACAGCCCUGUUCCUCUGUGCGACGAGUUGACAUGUUAAGUAAACACAGCAGGCAGCAUGUACUAUCACCCACAUAGCUCUUCAUUUAGGCUUUAGUCAUGUGGUUCUUUUUUUUAAAUUAAUUAAUUAAUUAUUUUUUUCCUUCAUCAUUAACACCUCGUGGACAGAGCCAGUGCAGUGUUCGUACAAUUUAGUGAAACCGUGUCUUUUAAACAGGCAUCUUUACUGUAAAGCCCGUAUGUGUGGGGAGGCAGACCAGUGCGUGAGAUUAAACUCAUUGCAUGUCAUGCUAAUUUCCACACCUGCGCCAACGCCACUGUUCUGCAAUAUUAAGUAAACAAAAACUUGUUUUUCUAUUGAUAAAACCAGGCUGUAUGAAUAGGAGCCUGAGGUGAGAGCUGGACGUACAGAAGCGAGGGGGGAAGGAACUGCCCACAAAUAGCCCACUCCACCCUUCAGCUUCAUGCACUGUAACAGAGAAGUGAAGGGACCAGAAGUACUGUAGUCAGUUGCCAUGGAAGACGCUCAGCCCAAACCUGCUGCCCGGGAGCCGAGCCCUGCGCCCAGUCCUGCUCCUAGUCCAGCACCCAGUCCAGUACCCAGCCCACUGCUUGACAAAAUUGCUUUACCUGCAGCAAACCACGUGGAGCACCUAAAUGUGAACCAAAUCCAGGUGGUGGUACGGCGCUGCUCCAGUCCAAAUGUUACAGAGGAGACGACCUACUUUAUUCCUCGAAACCCUGUGGUGGAUGCAGGCACAAACACAGACCCACCAGUGGUCUGCUGCCCUUUGCUCCACAGAUUUUGUCCAUGUCCACCAAGAGGCCUCCUGGCCUCUCUCAUUACCAAAGUCCUUUUGGCAGCUGUGCUCUUCGGAGUGGUUUGGUCCAUCACAGAGGACGAAUGUCUUCCAGGGGGAAACCUGUUUGGCAUCACAAUACUCUUCAUCUCUGCACUCAUUGGUGGCAAAUUGGUGGCUCUCAUCCAUCUGCCCAAGCUUCCACCAUUCCCACCACUCCUCGGUAUGCUGCUGAUGGGUUUCCUGCUGAGGAACAUCCCAGUUAUAACAGAGGGAGUGUACAUCGACUUCAGAUGGUCUACGUCACUGAGGAACAUCGCUCUGGCUAUCAUUCUGGCUAGAGCCGGUCUCGGAUUGGAUCCCACAGCUCUGAGGAAACUAAAGUCUGUGUGUAUACGUGUGGCAGUUGGGCCCUGCGUGAUAGAGGCUUGCACCACAGCUCUGGUCUCUCACUUCCUCAUGGGCUUUCCCUGGGUGUGGGGCUUCAUCCUUGGAUUUGUGCUGGGUGCUGUGUCUCCAGCAGUGGUGGUUCCCUCCAUGCUGCUGCUCCAGAAGGACGGUUACGGCAUGGAACAGGGCAUCCCCACCUUGCUAAUGGCUGCAGGCAGUUUUGACGACAUUCUUGCCAUCACUGGGUUCACCACAUGCUUGGGCAUGGCCUUCGCCAAAGGCUCCACUUGGUACAACCUCCUGAGAGGUGUACUGGAGGUGGCCGGUGGGAUGGUCACUGGGAUUCUUCUUGGCUUCGUGAUCCAAUACUUUCCUAGUGCUGACCAGAGACACUUAGUGAUGAAGCGUUCCUUCUUGGUGCUGGGUCUGUCCGUCUUUGCCGUGUUCGGCAGCAGUGUGGCUGGCUUUCCUGGCUCUGGAGGCCUGUGCACCCUGGUGUUGGCAUUUCUGGCUGGGCUUGGCUGGGGGACGGAAAAGGCACGUGUGGAAGAAGUGGUGGGCUGGGCGUGGGACGUGUUUCAGCCUCUACUCUUUGGACUCAUAGGGGCAGAGAUACGAGUGUGUGAGCUGGAGAGACACACAGUUGGUCUGGGCAUAGCAACUCUGCUCAUUGCCCUCCUGGUUCGAGUCCUCUUCACCUUUGUGUGUGUGUUGUGUGCGGGCUUUAACAUGAGGGAAAAAGUGUUCAUAGCCCUUGCUUGGAUGCCCAAAGCCACAGUACAGGCAGCUAUAGGCUCCACAGCUUUAGACAUGGCCAGAACAAAAGACGACAAGCAGCUGCAGAAGUACGGCAUGGCUGUGCUGACAGUGGCUGUGCUGGCCAUCCUUGUCACAGCCCCCGUAGGAGCUCUUAUUAUAGGGCUCUCUGGACCUCGCCUGUUACAGAGGCCGAAGAACUCAGCCUGUGGUGAGCGAGUCAAACCCAAUUUAUCAGCUUUUUUCUUAGGCACUGCAGCAGAAGGUGAAGAUGAUAAUGAAACUCCUGUCACCUAUGAAAGCACACUCUGACACCACCUGUCUUCAUCCAGUGAGUGAGGACAUUUAAUGACACUUCCGGUGUGCAUUCACACCUCGGAUAUCUGAGCUUUCUUUCAGCCACCGAGUGGCUCUUUGUCUCUCCAUCUGCUGGUCUGCUCCCGAUGUUUGCGGUGCUGCAGGUGAACCCAUGAAUCACCCUGUAUUUAUAGCCUCUGGUGUUACAGGGCCUCAGGCUCAAAACAAAUGACCCAAAUUCAAGCUUCUGCACUGUCGUGCUGUAUGAACAGUGUACAAGAGGUGGUUUUGUUUCUGGUCUCAAAUGAAUGUUCAACCCUAUAUAUAAAGUACUGUCUGUGUGUUUGUGUGUGUACAUAUGUGUGGUUUAUUUGUUUUGUAAGGCUAUUUUUCCCACUUGUCACAUUCAAUCAACCCACUAUUUGCCCAUUUUUAAUGACUACAUAUCUGUAAGCCAUUUCCUGUAUUUGGACUUGAAAAGGCGAUAAUGCUGUAUUUUAUUAUAAACAUCUUCCUUUGGAGAGCUACUUAACUGAAUGUACUGACAGUAGCAGUAUUUUUAUUUUUUUUUUAUUUAAAAUUAGAGUAGACAGUUGACAUACAUUUAAGUCUUUAGGUGUUCUGUACUCAGUACAUUUUUUCCAGCUAUGUGUUUGUGUAUAUUUUUUUAAUAAAUUAUGUAUUAGCUGUUUGUCUUGGUGAUGAGAAGGGUUUGUGUUGUUUACAAGUACUCAGGAAAACUGAAAUAAUCCACAAUACAUUCCCCUGGUUUAUACACAAAGCUGCUGAAACUCCUAUCAUCUACUACAUGGCAAUUUGUCUGCUUUCAAUGUUAUGAAUUGCUCACCAGUGAUAAUGUCCAUGUCCAAAACAUUCAUGUAAACCCAACCUUUUAUAGUUUGAUUAUGAUUGAAAGUAGAUUUAGAUUUUUUUCAUCAUGUUUGUUACAUAACUUCUGAAUUUUUUUUUUUAAAUUACAGAAGUAUGCAGUGUAAGUUGUUUUUGAUUCGUUAAAAUUUAUUUAUUUUACCUCAUUCAAAAGGUUCUUAUAUAUUAUUAGCAACUAUUUGAUAAUUCUGCAGUAUUUAGCAUAAAUAAUUACUUUAAUAUAAAAAAAUAAUGAAAACAAAUUAAAAAAAUACCAAGAAUUGUCCAUCUCUGAAUUUUGUGGCUAUAUGUAAAAUACAUUUCUUCUGUGUGGUGAAUUUGCAACAUAGUGUAUAUUUAUACAGUUUGAUGUAUGUUUAGUAAUGAGUUUAAUUUACCUCUGCAAUCCUUGAAGUUUAGAAUUCAGUUUUUUUUUUUUAAUAAACUAGAAAACUUGGCGCAAACACACACCAAUACUGAUGCACUCAUCAAAUGAUGUCAUACAAACAUGAUACAUGUGAAUAGUUCAGUUGAUUUUUUUGUUUUUUUUUUACUGCAAACAACAGUAGCUGGACUCAAACUAUUCCCAUCGCUUUCUGUUAAUAAAAAUGACAAAUACACAAAUUGUCAGGU